CGUCAAUGAUCCACUCGUUCCCUCUUACAUGAGGACACUGGGUCGCCUGCCUUCUCUCUGUCGGGUACUCUGUGGUCACAGUUCUGAUCGCCUCCUUCUUUCGGAGGACCUUACUGAGGGACAGACAUGCGUCUCUUAGGGUCCACUGUCCUUUUCUCUGUCCUGCUGCAGGCCAUGUCUGCUCCAACAGAGGACUGGCAGGUGGCCACAUCUAUUUAUAACUUCUCAGCCAUAGAUAUUGAUGGCAACUUGGUUUCCCUCGAAAAAUACAGGGGGGAGGUCGUCAUCAUCACCAACGUGGCCUCCAAAUGAGGUAAAACCCCGGUGAACUACUCUCAGUUUGCGGCGAUGCACGCUACGUACGCUGAGAGAGGUUUACGCAUCCUCGCCUUCCCGUCCAACCAGUUCGGGAACCAGGAGCCCGGCAAUGAAACUCAAAUCAAGCGGUUUGCAGAGUCCUUCGACGCUCGGUUCGACAUGUUCAGCAAGAUCCAUGUGAACGGGCCCACAGCCCACCCUCUGUGGAAGUGGCUCAAGGCCCAGCCCAACGGGAAAGGCUUCUUGGGAAGUAGUAUCAAGUGGAAUUUCACCAAGUUUUUGAUUGACAGAGAGGGUCAGGUGAUGAAGAGAUACGGGCCUCUGGAUGAUCCAAGUGUGGUGGAGAAAGAUCUUCCCAAAUACUUGUAGCCGGCCCACAGGGGACUCCCCCCUCACCCCGUGAUCGUCAGUCCCUUCCGCUCCUUUCUCCGGCUCUCCGAGAACCAGUGGACACCGUUGGCUUCCACCCAGAACCAGUGACGGUCUCCUCAUAAACCCGCGUGGCGGCCAGAGGAGGCCUGAUGAAAAUGGCGUGCAAACCUCCUGGGAGGAUCCCUGAGCGCGUUCACUCGGUGCUCCGGAGAGAAAGAGAAACGAUCCCUAAAAUGAUGAUUAACUCUUUUAGUAAAAUAAUGAGCGCCAUUGUUUUCAGAAUUAAAUGCACUACAUUUAGCUUGAA